AUGACGUCGACAAAUCGCCUGGAGACAGGAAAUGAAACAGUCAACCGGCGAAUGGACGCGGCGGAGAAAAAAUCUAAGCAAAAGAAGGGUUCUUGCGGGUUUUGCAAGGGUACCGACCAUAACGUCAAGACGUGCCCUGACUACAAGAAGGCCCAAGCGGCGGCAAUUCUCGCCGCACAACGUACCAGGGCGGCAGAGUUGGCAGCAUCUACCGGGAGAGUUGCCCCUUUGACUGGCACCCAGAAUAUUAUGCCGUCUCAACUCUCCCCAUUUUCUUCAGCUGCGCCAACUUUUCCUCGAGAAUUCCUCUCGCAGAAUUUCCCAGGAAAUUUUCCGGCGCCAAGUUUUCCUCACGACUUUCCAGCGCAAUCCUUCCCAGCUUACUACCCUACGGCGCAGGCCUCUUCCUCGUCUACACAACUGCCGCCUCCUCAAUCUUGGGCGAGACCUCCGCCAGGUGGCUACUCCCAUUCUUCCCCCGGAUUACUUCCUCAUGUAUCGCGCCGUCUUCCCAAAACGGCUAUUACCCCUAUUCAAGACAAUAGGCUCAAAGGACCUUUUGAAACAUUACGUCGCUUACGCGCGCGUAGCAGUGUUAUUGUCGUUUACACUCGAAGUGGUAAUAGUAGGAUAUCGGGUCCGAUAUCUGACGCAGGAACAAAGAAGACGAGUACUAACUCGGUAGAAGAACAAAAGAAGGCUGACUACCUUCUCCAGAAGACCUCCGCCGUCAACAACAACAGCAACAACAACAACAACAACAACAUGCCUCGAAUUCCUGGUACCGUUGGAGCUGGAGCUCCCCAGAAGAGGGCCGCCGACGACCACGUCGUAUACCAACUUCCCGACUCUCACUCCGACAUCCCCCCGGCCGAUUUUGAGGUCAAGAAUAUUAUCGAGUGCGCGCGAGAGUUCGGGAACACCGACCUCUACAUCUUCAACCCCCGGAAGGCUACGCUGGCGCAUUGGUGGGCGGAUAUGGCGGAGGAUCAAAAGCGGUGGACGAAAACGCCGGCGAGUAAACGCAAAGAUUUUCCGACGCCGAAAAUCGGGAAAGAUUGGAAGGCGAUUCGUUGUUCGACCAGGGCGUAUUUGAUUCCCCCAACCGGGAAGAAGUUAGCCGAGAUUAAUUUGGAUCUCGAGCUCCAGAAGAUGCUCAUCAAAGAGGAGGCCCGACCGUUCCUGCCUGAAGACCCGCCGGAGGAUUUCCUAGAACUCUGCGAGCCGGGUCGAACGGGGAUAGACGAGGCGGCGAUCAACGGAUGGCUGGCCAAGUAUCGCGGCGGCUGGCGAGUCGCCUGUACUCAUUGCGAUACGAAGUACGCCGACGUCGGCAAGGGGCACCGGGACUUUCGCGCUCGAGACGGUUUCCGACAAUUCGAGCUCAAGAUUUCCGCCGACGCCGAAUCUAAGUGGAAGGAUCCCCUCGCCUUCACUUGCAGUUACGGCGACCUCGUCCUUUGCCGCGCGGCAAUUCCCCUCGCCAAAUCUUCGGCGUUCUCUUCCUGCGGCAGGUGCAAGUCUCUCGGCGACACCUGCACCGACCCCGGUGGCGAUGCGAAAGACGACUGGGACUUCGACCUCAAGGACGACUCGCAGUCUGCGAUCUUGCGCGUCGCCAAAUAUAUCCGGGGAUUUUACCUCGGACAUUACGAGCUCAAGCACGAGAAGCUCUCCGCCGCAAAGGAAGCCUUCGAAGUUCUCCGCGACGCUUGUUGCCACGACUUCCAGUUGCCGGCGAUCGAUGGGGUCGUACAAGAACACGGCGCCGACCCCUCGGAGGAAGUCGUGAGAAUUUUGACGGCGGCGAUUGACGGGAUGAGUAAGGCGAAGCCGAGGGGCAGCAGGAACGCCUAA